AUGGGUCAGGCUCCCAGCGGCGGAGCGCCCGGUCGCGGCGGCAAGGACAACAAGAAGGAUCAGCAGAAAAAGUGGGAACCUCCUCUCCCAACACGUGUCGGCAAGAAGAAGAAGCGUGGUCCCGACUCGUCCUCCAAGCUACCCGCCGUCUACCCCAACACACGGUGCCGAUUGAAGCUGCUCAAGCUCGAACGCAUCAAGGACCACCUUUUGCUCGAAGAGGAGUUUGUGCAGAACCAGGAGCGACUCAAACCGCAGGAGGACAAGGAUGCAGAGGAGCGAACACGCGUUGAUGAUCUCAGAGGCAGUCCCAUGUCGGUCGGUUCGCUGGAGGAGAUCAUCGAUGACGAACAUGCCAUCGUCAGCAGCGCCACGGGUCCAGAGUACUAUGUCAGCAUCAUGAGCUUUGUCGACAAGGACCUGCUCGAGCCGGGCUGCAGCGUGCUCCUGCAUCACAAGGCCAUGGCGAUUGUGGGCGUGCUGUCGGACGACGCGGAUCCCAUGGUGAGCGUCAUGAAGCUCGACAAGGCGCCCUCGGAGAGCUACGCGGACAUCGGUGGACUGGAAACGCAGAUUCAAGAGAUCAAGGAAGCCGUCGAAUUGCCCCUCACACACCCAGAGCUGUACGAGGAGAUGGGCAUCCGCCCACCCAAGGGUGUCAUCCUCUACGGUGUUCCUGGAACGGGCAAGACGCUGCUCGCAAAAGCCGUCGCCAACCAGACAUCCGCCACCUUCCUGCGAGUGGUCGGCUCGGAGCUCAUCCAAAAGUACCUUGGUGACGGUCCCAAGCUCGUCCGCGAGCUCUUCCGUGUCGCCGACGAGCACGCACCCAGCAUCGUCUUCAUCGAUGAGAUCGACGCCGUUGGUACGAAGCGAUACGACUCCAACUCGGGCGGAGAGCGCGAGAUCCAACGUACGCUGCUCGAACUGCUCAAUCAGCUCGACGGCUUCGACACGCGCCACGACGUCAAGGUCAUCAUGGCCACCAACCGCAUCGAGUCGCUCGACCCAGCCCUCAUUCGACCCGGACGUAUCGACAGGAAGAUCGAAUUCCCACUGCCGGACCAGAAGACCAAGAUGCACAUCUUCAAGCUGCACACGUCGCGCAUGAACCUCGAUGCGGACGUGGACCUGGAGGAAUUUGUGGCGAUGAAGGACGAUCUGAGCGGUGCCGACAUCAAGUCGCUCGUGACCGAGGCAGGUCUGUUGGCGUUGCGAGAGAGGAGGAUGCGCGUCACCAAGAAGGACUUUACCACGGCGCGCGAGAGGGUCAUUGACAGGAAGAACGAGGGCACGCCCGAGGGUCUUUACUUGUAG